GGUACGAACGCCAAAAUGUUCUUCGAGAGUAUACUCAUAAACGUGUCGGUUAUGCUCGUGCUGAUCGGCGCGCUAAUAUUCGACUACGUGACGAAGUUCUUCAGCUACUGGUACAUCCGACAUGUGCAGUACAAAAUGCCGUUGCCGUUCUUCGGCAGCGACUAUCAUCGAGUGCUCGGAUUGAGGAGUACAACCGACGAAGUCGACGCACUGUACACUAAAUAUCCAAAAGAAAAAUACGUCGGAUGCAUCAAGAGCCGAAUCCCAGACUUAAUUGUCAAGGAUCCCGAAGCAGUAAGAAAAACGCUGUCAACAGAUUUCUCGAAUUUCCAUUACCGGGGCUGCGAACUGGACAAAUCGAGGGAUAUUUGUUUACGAAACAACCUAUUUUACGCGGAAGGUGAAAAGUGGACUUUCCUGCGGAGAAAAUACGAGCUACUAUUGAAGCACAUGAGCGAUGAUAUUCAAGACAGUUUACACGACUGUGUGUCAGGAAGCAGCGGAGAUUUGAGGGUUCAGCAGAUAUUGACCGGGAUAUUAGAUGUAGUGUUCAAAGAUUUACUUCUCGAUAACAACGUAGAUACGUCUGUUAUUAAAAACAUAAGAGAAACGAUGGAAAAACGAUCGCUCGGUGGAAAAUUGAAGAGCUAUCUUAAAGACAUUUUCCCAUCCGUUUAUGUUUUGUUCGGCUUCAGUGAUGUAUCAGCUGCGCAUUUGAAAGAACUGAACAAAUAUUCGAGCUCGUCUAGACUGCUUAAAUGUAUAAAGAAAGUGGAUGUUCUGACCAAUGACGAAUUAAAUGUGAAUAGAAAGAUUAAGCUUCAGGAAUCUGACUAUUUUUACUCGUCGUUUUUACUUUUCAUAAGCGAAGGCUACAUUCCCUGCUACAAUGUACUGGUAGCACUUUUGUAUGAGCUUGCUCUUCACCAGGACGUUCAGAAUCAAGCAAGAAAGUGUGCUGUGAAUAGUGAUGACGACUAUUUGAACAGAGUCAUCAAGGAAACUUUAAGGCUUCAUCCACCAUACUCGGUGAUCACUAGAAAAUGCACCAGAACGUAUACAUUUCCUGAACAAGACUUUCAUAUAAACAAUGGCAUGAAUAUUACUGUGCCUGUGGCAAAUUUACAUAAGGAUGAAGCGUUUUUUAAGAAAAGUAAGGAGUUUUAUCCAGACAGGUUUUCGGAUAGUGAAUCUGAAAAGACACCAGCGUUUCUACCUUUUGGCUUAGGACCAAGACAAUGUAUAGGGGAGCAGCUAGCUUUGAAGAUCGUUCGAAGCGUCACAUGCGCAAUUCUAAAGAAAUUCAAAAUCGAAAAAACUGAUAAGACGCCAACAUCACUUCCAGUAGUUGACUACAACUUAAAAAGAGUUAUCGAUAAAGAUAUUUGGCUAAGAUUUCAACCUAUUGAAUCCUAAAACUAUAGACAAGAAUAAUAUACUUAAUGUAACAUAAAAUAAGAAACAUGAUGCGACUCGCAUAUUGCAUAAUAUCUAAUUGCAAUUUCUUUAAUGAAUUUAUUAGCAGGUAGAUAUAAAAUAUUAUAAGUAUUGUGCUCAGUGAUUAUUCGAUUGAUUGUUUAAUUUAAUUGUAGCAAAAGUUACUGAGAUAAGUACAAAUCGUGUAAGUUGGCCUAGAUUAUUAUUAAUAAAUUAUAAACAGUG